AUGCUGAUUUCAUAAAGGCAACCACUCAUUUAGUUUGAUGAUUUUAUGUCGUUUUUGGGCAGUUAAUGGAUAAGGUUAAAUUAUUUGAGUUAAGCUCAAUCAAUUGAAUGCCAGAAUGAUUUCGUAAAUUUUAUAGACCAAAGCAAAGGAAGAAUCAAAAUCGAUCAGGAACAGUUAGCUAAGUUGGAGACGACGAAUUAAAAAAUUAAUAUACUCACCCUCUUUAUUUACGGAUAUUAUAUCACUUAUAUCGAAAAAUAACUAUUUUGUUACAUUUUCUUCAAGAAGUUCAUCAACGCAAUUGACAGAAUUGAAAUAAAAAGUUUAGAACAUCUGUAAUAGAUCAUAGAACCUCAGCAUCCUAUUUGCAAAUCAAUUUUGCUCGAAUGUAUUAUAAUGCUUCUUCAUCAAUCAAACCAAUUACUAGAAACGACUGAAUAAAACCAAAUGGAAGAUUAUGUAGAUGAUUUCAAUAAUAUUCCAGAAAGCAAAUUAUUUUAUAAGUAGGCUUACAUACAUCUAGUUGAUUAGAUGAAGGGGGCGUUGUUUAAAUGCUACAAUCAAGGUCAAAUAUUGAUCACGAUAUUCAUUAAUUAAUUAUUUCUGAGCGAAGAGAUUUAUGCAAAGAUACAACAGGACCAAGCAACUAAUAUCUUAUUGAAUGAUACAAAGUUCAUAAUUGAAUUAAUGGAAGAAUAUAUUACUUGUUCAGAUAAAGCAAUUCUUAAUACAAGAUCAAUAAUUAAACAGACGUUUCUAUCAAAUUAUGAAAGAUAGGGUAAAAUAUCUUAACAAAUAUUUAAUAAUUUAUAGAAAUUAAAUGAUUAAACUAUAUUAUCCCUUAAAGCUAUUAAGAUAUGGUUGAAUUCUAAAAACCAAACCGUCUUUUAAUAAAUACUAUCAUUUUUAGAAAAUACUUUUGAGAAUGCGAAUUUUAGCUUCGAAUACAAUGAAUAAUGUAUCAAGAUAUCAUUUGAAAUAUUGACAUAUAUUUAAUCUUAGAUAUUGUAAGACAACGUAAAUUUUACUGAAGAAUUGCAAAAAAUUUUAAUAUAAAUCUUUCAUAUAUUAUGGAUAACUCUAGAAUAACAAACCAAUAAUCAACUCGAGGAUUAAAAGACCGAAUUUUGGUUAAAUUACAUCCAUAAAUUAAACUUACUCCUAAAUCCCUUAACUCCUAAUUCCAAAGAAGCAAAAAAUAUAAAAGAAUGUGCUGGUUUGUAUCUUAUCUUACAUGAUCAUCACAAUAUUAAAAAGUACAUUUCAUCAACAACUAUUUUGUUUCAUUUCAUUGAUCAAAUUUACCCUUUAGAUCAAAUUCUAAUUAAAUAAAAUCCAUUGUUGUAAAAAUUAAUUAAAUCAUCUAUUGAAUACCUAGUUGAUCCAAUCCUGUCUGAAAAUAAAGAAAUCAUGAUAACUAUUUAGAAAGUCUUAAAAUAAGUUCAAUUUAUCAGUCCUCAAUAAAAAAAAAAUAUAUUUCAAUAUAUUUGGACUAAAUUGAUACCUGAAAAUCGAUUUUAUUUGGAAGUAUUAUAAAUGGUGGUAACUUUAUAUUUAGAGAAUGAAGAUCAAAUGUUAGGAACUAGAAAUAGUUUUUUUAUAUCUAUUUUAGAAAUGCAAAGUCACAAGAGGAUUGUUCAUCCUUAAAAAUUCCUUGCACUUCUAUAAAUUUGCCAAUAUCUUUGUCUUGAGAAUGCUCCAAUUAAUAUAGAAGAAAUAUUCUCUUAAAAUGAUUCAAAUGCUAAUUGCUUGAAAUUAAAGUAAUUUAAAAUUAAGCGAAGCUUCUAAGAAUUCUUUCAAGUUAAUAAUUAUUACAAUUAAAUAAUAAAUCUUAUUUCUGCCACAAUCAAUCCUAAUAAUUUAGUCUAAUAAUUAAAAGAGUUUAUUAAAUUAUUAUGGUUAUUAACUGAAGGACUCAAAUUAUGUUAGGUAGAUUUUGCAGACGAUUUUGUUUAAUUCCUAGAAUAAAAAUUAUCCUUAUUUACAGAUGAUUAAAUGAGAGAGCUAAUUGAGCUUCUUUUUGAUUGUUCUGUUUCUAUGAUAAGCAGAUUUAUUAGGCAAACGAACGUAUCUAAUACUGCUGAAUAAUAUGGUGAAGUUAUGAUUUAAAAUGAAUUCUGUUUGAAAGUUCUUGUUGAAACCUUCUUAUUUAACACAUCUCCCUCAGAAUAGUUAAGGCUUAAGUGCCUCCAAUUCUUAGGUAUUCUGAUAUCUAUGAAUGAUUAUAAUAAAAUGAUAUUUAGGGAAGCCAUUCGAUUAUCAAACUUCUUAUUGUGUAUGAGAAAUUAGAAGAAUAAGAGUUUAUAAUUAUCUAUGGAAGAAGUUUUAAAAAGAUCAUUAUCGUUUAUAAGGGAUGAAUAAAUACAAAAAUUAAUUUAGAAUGCUCCUAUAGAAACAUAAAAAAACAAAGUAUUCAAAUAAUCUGCAUUUUCUUAAUAUGUGGGAACUACUUUAGAAAAUCUAUCAAAUAGUGGUUCUGAAACUAAAUUUAAAAGAUAUUUCUAAUUAUUAGGAAAUGAUAGCGGAAUCAUUAUUCGAAAUUAUAAGGAUUUAUGCGUGAGUAAAUCAUGGAAAUCUUUUUCAAUUUUAAUGGAAUUCAAAAGAGAAGGCUUCCACUUCAUCAAUUCAAAUGCUAAGACACUUGAUGAUAUCUAUAAGAAAGAAUAGAUACUCUUUGCAUACACUGGACACUUAGAAAGACAAGAGAAAGGUGGUCACCAAGGAACAUCUUAAAAAUAAAAUAUUGUCUAAGUUGAUUUAAUCACAGUUUCAUUGAUCAAUUAAAAUUUACUGUCGGAAGAAUAAAAUAAAAACCAUCUUGAUAAUCUCAUAAAAAUUGCAAUACUCAAUUCAGAAUUAUAAGUAUAAGAAUUUACAAUAAGUUACACAUAGUAAUAAAAGGAUGAAACUAUAUUACUUAUUUUUAUGUUUGAUGAUAGAAGGAAAGGAGAAUUUAUAGUUUAUAUUUAAAAUUAGAAGAAACAGACUUUUUCAGUGAAACCAUUCCUAUCAGAAUACAUAAAAAAGCAUGCUGAUAAACAUCCUCUUAGUGUGAAUAUUGGUGCUUACUAUUAAAACUAAUAGUUUUAAAGAACAUUUUAGGGAAUCAUUAAUAAUUUUAUUCUAGUUGAAAACAUCUUAGUGGAAAAACAGAUUGCAGCAAUCUUUUCAAGAGCAUAAAAAAAUUUAGUAACCGCUGUAGAAGAGGAAACAAUGAAUUUUGGUGAUGAAAUUCAAAGUAGGGAAAUGUAGUACUUAGAAUUCGAUAAAUUUAAGUCUAGCUUUUAAAUUGUAGAGAUUAAAGAUGUUUUGAAGAUUACAAGAGCCUAGAAUGUAUAAGAUUAAAAUUUCCUAAUGAAUAUGCUAAAGAAACAAAUAUAGCAUAAGAUAAGUUAUGAAUAGAAUUAGGAAGCUAAAGUAUUCUAUUAAGGUGCCAACAUUAUUGAAGAUACAAGUUUGGCUGAAGUAUUCUUAAGUCUAGAGAAUAUUGAAAUCAUUCUAUUCAUCAUAUCCAUUACAACCUAAACUUAUUUUGAGAUUGAACCCUAAGAAAGGAGAUCUUGUAAACUAAGAAGUGUUAAAGAGGUUUUGCAAAAUGGAUCUACAUCUAGCAAAGGUGUUUUUAAAAGAACUAAUCAUUUUGACUCUCAAUCACGAUAAUUAUUUUUAGUAAAAGAUUUGAGGAAAUGCAGAGAUGAUUAUAUUAACUGCCAACAAUAUCAAUUGAAUCUAAAGAAAUAAAAUAGUUCGAUGAUAUCAUAAGGUGAAUCUCCUUUGUAAUAAAGAUAAAACUUUAUCUAGUUGGAUUAGAAUAGUUCUAAUUCAAAUACAAAUUCAAUAUCAUUAGCUUCGUAAUUUUAGGCUGCUUCAUAAAAGAAUAUCGAUUAAUUAGACCAAACUUCAUUAUUCAAUAUUCCGAUUACAUAAGUGUAAAGCACUUUCUCCUAAGAAUUAUAAUCACCUUUCGUUAUGAAAUCCAAUUAAUCUGAAUAGAAGUAGAGUUCUCCAGGAGAAGUCCCAAAUUUAGAAGUUCCAAGUUAGAUAAUUCCCAAGGAGAAGUUUACUCUUGAGCAGUUUAACAUAGAUAGAAAGGUGUAAUCUUAUUUUGUAGGGAGAAAAAACACAAGAAACUAAACAUGUAAUAUAUCAGCAACAAAAGCAUUUCAAAUGAAUUAGAAUCUAAAAAAUGUAGCUGAAAUAUAGAGUGACAAAAAUAUCAAUUGGAAUCAAUAAAAUAGUGAGUCAAUAAUUAUUGAUUCUAAUUUGUAUCAUUGUGAGUGGAUUAGGGUAAAGAUGUAAAUCUAUGGAGAAUUAAAAAUAUUAGAAAAAGGCAAAAUCAUUUAAUUUCAAAGUGAUGGUUCAGAACGUCCUGAUUAGGAUUUCUACAUCUAUGGAACAAUACCUUAUAAUUUAAAGAAAUUGAAGAAAACCAAAAUAAUAAACUCCUCUUAAAUAUUAGAAAUUUAAACAAGGAGAUAUUCGCACAAAGAAAUUGCUAUCGAAAUAUUCUGUAAAAACACAAAGUCUUACUUUUUUGUUUUAUACGAUUAAGAUAGAAGGACAUAAUUCUUGAAUCAAAUUAAAUAGAACAACUUAUUCACUGUUGUGGUAGAUAAAAGGGCAGAAUUUUUAGCAAAAGAAUAUACAAAGAAAUGGGUGAAAGGAAAAUUGUCUAAUUUUGAGUACCUAAUGUUAAUCAAUAAAUAUUCUGGUAGAUCUUUUAAUGAUCUGAAUCAAUAUCCAAUAUUCCCAUGGGUUAUAGGCGAUUAUACAAGCAAGAGUAUUGAUUUAACCAAAAGAGAGACAUACAGAGAUUUGGAAAAGAUGAUUAGUGCUUCAAAUGAGGAGAGAUUAAAAAACUGUAAGAUUAGAGCUGAAUCUUUGAGACAGACUUAGAAUGAAUAUUUUUUAUUUGGAUCUCAUUAUAGUGUAGCUGCAUAAAUAAUUAAUACUCUUGUGAGAUUGGAACCGUUUACAACUUUAUCAUGUGAAUUGUAAGAUGGCAAAUUAGAUUAACCUGACAGAAUAUUUUUUUCUGUUUCAAACAUUUGGUAAUCUUGCUAAAAUGACAAUUAAGAUUAUAGAGAACUAAUUCCUGAGUAUUUUUACUUGCCAGAAUUUCUGAAGAAUAUCAAUAAAAUAUAAUUUGGUGAAAGAUAAAAUUAAGAAUUGGUAGAUGAUGUUAUAUUACCUCCAUGGGCUUCUAGUUGUGAAGAGUUUAUUGAAAUUAAUAGACAGGCACUUGAAUCUAGUUAUGUAAGUGAGAAAUUACAUAAUUGGAUUAAUUUAAUUUUUGGACCUUAUGCUUAAGGGGAGGAAGCAAAAAAAAGAGAUAAUUUAUAUCAUUGGUUAACUUAUGAUUCAUGCUUAGUUUAUUUAGAAAAAAUGUCAAGUUAAGAGAAAUUGGGAUAUUUAGCCUAAAUAUAAUAGUUUGGUUAGGUCCCUUUUCAAUUAUUUGUUAAACCACAUUGGCCAAAACAAAAGUUGUAGUUAAAUCUGUUUUCACCAACUAAUUUAAUCAAAUUGUUGAGUGAAAAAAAGUACAUUAAUUCUAAAAGAAUAAAGAAAUUUGAUAAAAAGUUUGUUAUAUAAAUCUAUAGAGAGAGUGAAAACUUACAUGUUCUACUGAAUGAUAAAUAAGUUUACAAAAUAAAAUAGUACAAUAAUUAGGAGAGAAGGGAUAGUGAAGAGAAAUUGACUAAUGCAUUAACAUUUUCUAUUAGGGGAAAUGAGAAACUGCAUUCCAAAGGAUUGUAAUUUUAAUUUGAUGAUCAUGUCUUGUUUGUUUGUGGAUAUUUAAGUGGAGCAGUUUAUAUCUAUAAUUUACUAACUGAUAAAUCUUAAUAGGCCUAGAUCUGCCAUAAGAUUAAACUACAUAAGAAAAGAGUUACUUGCUUAUCAUAUUCAUCUAAAUUGAAAAUAUUGUGUUUGGGAGCAAAAGACAAUAGAGUUACUAUAUGGAAUGCAAUUCAGGGUAAUGAAAAAUUAAUUUCAUUUUAAUCCACUCCAUCCUUAAUCCUGUAUGGUCAUGAUAAAACCAUCAAAUGUGUUCAUAUUGAUGAUGCUUUGUAGGUUGUUUUAAGUGUUGAUAAAAUUGGGAAGCUGCAAAUUCACUCUAUAAUUUCUGGAUUAUUUCUUUAGGAUUUUAAACUGUAUUUAGCGCAAAGUGAAAAAGUAAAAAAUAUUGUAACCAAUGGCAAUGGACUAAUAGUAGUAUACACUAACCAAAAUUAAAUUCUAGCAACAAGUGUGAAUGGUUUGAUUAUAUAGAGGUAUCUUUAUAAGAAUAUUGGCAACAUAACCCAGAUAAGUUCGUUUUUACAAUCACAUUUAUUGGUAUCAACUCUAAGGGGGGAGAUACUCCUAAUUUAAGAUAUCGCCAGUUUGCCUGAUUAGCCUCCCAUCUUUUUCCACUUAUAUCAAAAUACAUCCAAUAUUGGAAUAGUAACGUUCUCAUCAUUUAUUGAGAGUGAAUCUUUAGUCUUUAUAAUAAGCUUGAUGGAUGGGACCUUACAUCGAUACGUGAUAAGUUGUGAAUAAAAUGGCGAAUUUUACCAUUAUCUGGGCAAGUUAGGAAUGUGA